AUCUACUGUACUACUGUGGAGGUGUGAGAUAUUGACCCUGUCCUGUUUACCGUCAGACACCAUGACGUCCCUUCUUGUACCCACUUCAGUUUAUAAAUAUUGAGUGCAUCCUGGACAAUGUCAGUCUGUUGCUCAGUCUACGUCAGCCAAUAACCAUAUCAAAACAAUCUUUAUCCUACUGGCACCCAAUCCGUUCGCUUGCUUUCUAGCUGCCGCCUUCGUUCGCUUGUGCAAGGAUGAAGAACUUUGCAACUGUCGCAGCUUUUGCUGCUGGGGCUAAUGCCCUUGUCGGCCGGAGCAACUCCUGCUGCUUUCACCUGACGGCGUCUGGCGGUGCUUCUGGCACUGUUGGCCAGCUUGGUGAUGGCCAGAACCGUAUCGGUGGUGGACUCCCCGAAACCCAGUUCUGCAUUGAUUCCAAAGGUGGCAUCACCGAUAGCAGCGGACGCGGUUGUGUUGUGACCAGCUCGACCACCCAGUUCCAGUGUGACCUGGGUAAGUCCCCUAUGUCGGGCUUCUCCAUCAGCUCCUCCGGUGAGCUGGAAUACAAUGGUGAUGCAGACUUUGUUGGCUGCCAGACUGGCGACAACAAUGAGUUGAACAUUUACACCACUGAGAACUCAUCCGUGACUGGCUGUGAGGACAUCAAGUUGACGGCUGAUUCUUGCUCGGGCUCUGGUGCUGGCGCUGUCGGUUCUAGCUCAGCUCCGGCAUCAACCCCUGUCCCUCAGUCCAGCCAGCCGGCUGCUCCAGGCCCAUCCUCUAGCGCUCCUGUUCCUGGCACUGGUGCCUCGACUACUUGGGUUCCCGGUGGCCCUGAAUCUAGUGCCUCUGUACCCUCUGGCCCUGGCCCCCAGUCUAGUGCUUCUAUCCCCUACGGCCCUGGCCCCCAGUCUAGUGCUUCUGUGCCCUCUGGCCCUGGUCCUCAGUCUAGCGGCGCGGUGCAGGUGACGACUGUCUAUGUGACCGAAACCUACUGUGCCGCCGAGACCUCUUCGGUGGUUGUUCCCGGUGGCCCUGGAUCGUCCGCUCCUGCGGGUUCUCAGCCGGCCCCAUCCGGAUCUCCCGCUCCUCAGCCUUCGGAGACCCCAUCUUACCCUCAUUCCUCGGAAACCCCUGUGCCCCAGCCUUCCGAGACUCCUUCGGCCCCUCAGACCUCCGGAAUUCCUGCUCCUCAGCCUUCUGAGACUCCUUCCACCCCCGAGACCUCUGGAACUCCCGCCCCUCAGCCUUCCUCUUACCCUCAGACCUCUGGCACUCCGGCUCCCCAGCCGUCUGGCACUCCCUCGCCUGCCCCGAGCUCUGCGUCUCCCACCAGCCCUCAGGCGUCAGGCACUGCUACCCAGUCGUCCGCUGCCAGCUGUCCCACCGAUCUUUCUGGCGACUAUGAGUACCCUCACCUGAUCAUCCCGGUCAACUCUUCUACCCCUGACACCGCCUACGGUACUCAAUACUUCGGUACCGUCUCCUCCACCGUCUCGACCAUCUUCAACUUCGACAUCCCCUCUUCGGACUCUGGAAAGACGUGCAGCCUGAUCUUCCUGUUCCCCACCAAGGACCAGCUUGAGACCUCCGACUACACCUUCAGCGGAGAUGGCAAGGUUGACUUCUCCUGGCUUGAGUCUGCCGCCACGCAGUCGACUACCUACAACAAUGCUCCUUCGGUCAAGCAGGAUUACGGCGACUUCACCCUCUCGCCCGGCAACUCCUAUCUCAUCUCCUCUUUCUCCUGCCCGGCUGGCCAGACUGUCAGCUACGAGAUGAAGGAGGCUGGUAGCACCUAUCUCAACUUCUUCGAGGACUACAACCCCUCACCUCUCGGUCUGUACAUCACCGUCUGCUAAACCGUCAGACCAGGUGUAAGAAUCCAGCAUCACGCGAACAUGAUUAAUGGACCCGUUAAUUAUAUUGUUUAUUGAA